CUCCAGCAGACUUUACACCCAUCCGUUUGUUCUGCAAUAAGAAGCCGACUCUGUGUGGUUUAAGUACAUUUACGCAGAGCCUGCAGGGUUCAGUUUGGCACCAGGCGUGUGAAAAUGAGUGACAUUUCGGAUGAUGAUAAUGAGAUCUCCUUUCCAGUGAAGUUUCUUGGCCGGGUCGAGGUGGUCCGCCCUGAUGGACUACAGGUCCUGUCUGAAGCAGCUCAGGGCCUAAAGACAUCAGAUCAAUAUUCCUCAGAGAAGGCAGCAAAGAAGAGCAAAGUCCAUCUCUUCCUGUCACUGAGUGGGAUAGACAUUUUGGAAAACAAAACUAAGUUUCUGUUGUACUCGUGCCCUCUGUCCACCAUUUCCUUCUGUGCCGUCCUGCCAUCUUCACCCAAAGUCUUUGGAUUUGUGGCGAGACACCCUGCAGCAGACAUGAACCACUGUUAUCUGUUCCAGAGCAAGAAGUUUUCUCACGUGCUGGUCUCAGUUAUCGGGGAUACCUUCCGGGCUUCAAAAAAGGAGGAGAGCAUCAGGGGAGGACGAGACCUGAUAGUGGAGGCCCUCAGACACAAGAAUAAAAUGCUGCAAAGAGAAAAUGCUGAGCUGAGGAAGCUGCUUGCAGGACAGACUGCUGGCAACCCCUUCUGAUAUAUACUAUUGCACUUAUACACACACAGACAUACCACAAUUGUAACAUAAACUAUCAACCCUGUUAUACACUGUUAACCCUCAGGAAAACCUUCCAAUAAAAUGGUGGAACACAGAAAAUGAAAAUAAGAGUGGAGGAAUUAUGUAAAUGAAUGCUGGAGUUGAAAAACACUGUCAAUAAUGAUAAUCUUGAUAAUAAAACAGUCUGAUGUGUUAUUGCCCCUUUUCAUGUUAAAUCAACUGUAGGUGCGUUAGCUGUACACACCAGCAGAGGGCAGCAGUAAGCAGCCAAGAACUAGGUGGGUGCGUUCAACUGCUGCCUUCACAGUGUCGGAAAUCUUAUAAGUCCUUUCAUAAAGAACCCAAGGAAGUCAAAUACUACAGAGGAAGAUGAAAUUAGAUAUGACAGCAGACUUUUGCUGUGUGACUUGUACUGACUCAUGACUAAGAAUGUAUUUAGUGUCAGUGACAACAACUAGACAAUAAAUCAAACUUGCAUACC